UACCUUAUAUGUUGUUUUUUUUGGUCGCGGCUGUUUGACGUUUGACGCUUUCUUUCGUUGCGAAUGUAAUAUACUACGUAGCCUACAUUAUUUAAAAACGGAAUCUUAAAGGCAACAAUAAAAACCAAGAGCGCAGUGCGAAGAAAAAUUAAAAAUUUCGUUAGCGACCGUGAAUUUUUGAUGACGUCGCCGUCUUCUAGGGCGUUAAAAGCAAAGCAAAGCAAACAAACGCGAAAAGCGAAACGUGUAAGCGUCGUAGAAGCGAUAAACGCGACUCAAAAUACGCAGCAGAUAAAAUAAAAAAAGAGAGAACAAAAAAAGUCACGAGAAUAAUUGUUCAUAUUUGGCAACUUUUUUAAGUGUAACCGUAAGUGUGCGUUCUGGUGUUUUGUGUGUGUGUGGUUGUAAUUAAGAGGAUAGAAAGAAAUCGAACGGUAAAUGCAGCGACGCAAAAAUGUGCAGCUUGACGUUAAACAACAUGGUCAACGUAACUCAGCAGGACCUACACAAUCUAUUGGAAACUUUCGAAAAAAAGUCCUUCGAGGCGACGGCCUUUGAGGAAGGAACGACGGAGUAUGAGAUCUCCAAGAAAUGCGAAUACCUGUUUAAACUCGACUACAGCCUCAUUGAGCUGGACAAUACAAAUGGACUGCUUAGCCCUCGUUAUCCUGGCCGAAUACUCAUUCCGGAAUGUGAGCACGGACACAUGGCCAAGACGCUGAUACCGGGAAAUGGUCUGUUUGGGCCAGUUGGCGGUGGAUUGGGAGGAGGAGGAUCCUCCGGAACCACAGCAACUGCCACACCUUUAAACAGCAGCGCCGGAAGCACCGGUAGCGAGGGUGUGGGCAUCCAGGCCUUUGUGACCUUUGCAAAUCCCCUGCAGACGCAACAGCAACAGCCUCUCCAACAGCAAUAUCCUUCGCAACAGUCACAUCCCCUUCACCCGCAAUAUCCCUCCCAACAGCCAAAUCCUCUCCAGCAGCAACAGCAGCCAUCGCAACAGCAAUCCCAAAAUACGAUCUACGAGGACCAGUACGAUAUCCAACGAAUGCGGGAAUUGGUAACGAUGGCCAAAUACGCCAGAUGCCGUCAAAGAUUCGCGGUGCCCGUGAUCAUGUACCGCGGGAAGUAUAUCUGCCGAUCGGCCACUCUAUCCGUGAUGCCAGAAACCUAUGGCCGAAAGGUGGUGGACUAUGCCUAUGACUGUCUGAGUGGUGGCAAUUACACGGCGCCAAACGGAGAGGAGAACGAUGCUGACUCCACGGACGAGUCGCUAAUCACCCACAUGCACGACCAGGCGCAGUCGCAGUUCAGUUACGACGAGGUGAUUAAGAGUGACAUACAGCUACUUCACACGCUCAACGUCUCCACCAUUGUGGACCUUAUGGUGGAGAACCGCAAGAUCAAAUACUUUAUGGCCGUUUCUUCAUCAGAGAAGGCGGAUCCGAACAAGCAUUAUAAGAGCUUUAAUCUUCUAUCCCUGCCGUAUCCGGGUUGUGAGUUCUUUAAAAAGUUCCGGGACAACAAUUACAUGGCAAGCAACCUGCACUACAACUGGAAACAGUCAUUUAACGAUGCGAACAUCAAUAUACCCAACAUGGGACCCGCGGCGGAUAUCGAUGUGGUGUGGCCGGAGUACAGGGACUGGGAUCUGGUGGCCAUCACUCAAAACUAUUUGAGAGCUACGCUUAAAUAUGUUCAGGAGGAGAGCUCCGGCCUGCUGAUUCACUGUAUCAGCGGCUGGGAUCGCACUCCGCUGUUUGUUUCCUUGGUCAGGCUGUCCCUAUGGGCCGAUGGACUCAUUCAUCAGUCGCUGAACGCCAUGCAAAUGGCGUAUUUCACACUGGCCUAUGACUGGUACCUGUUUGGCCAUCAACUGCCCGAUCGCCUUAAAAGAGGCGAGGACAUUAUGUUCUUCUGCUUCCAUGUGCUCAAGUUCAUAACAGACGAAGAGUACAGCAUAGUAGAGCAUCGGAAGCGCACAAAGACAUCCAGCAGCAGCGGCAGCAGUGUCAUAGUGAUCAAAUCCGACUGCUGUGACGAUGAACCACUCAAGGAAGACUACAUCCUGGCCUUCGAUCAAGAUAGCAACGACAGCUAUUCAAACUGUUCCAACUGUGAUAUGUCCAUAACAGAUAACUUCUAUGCCACUACGCCAGCGCAAGUCAAUCCGUUGACGAGCAGGUCACCCAAUCCGAAGAGAUCCAGAACCAGCCCCAUAUCAGUACCCGGCUCGAAUGCGCAACAAAGACAGGAGUCUACAUCCUCAAAUGGCAGCUGGCAGGUGGUCACCGAUACGGGUUCCAUUGACUCCAUGAUGAAUGGUAGCUACAUGAUGCGGUUUGUGGCUCAACAGGCGGCUGAAGGUGGCGGCUCCUCAAACAUUCCUCUGUAUAAUGGUGGCAAUGGCUACCACUGCAGCACCAACACAGCAUCGAGCGGCAGUGGAAGUGGAAGUGGGAGCAGCAACAGCAAUGGCAGCUCAACGCACGGUUUCGCAAAUGGUUCCUCUAAAGACAUAGGCGGCAGUUCAAUGGCCAGCAAGCAAUGCAUAAACUUACGAAAGCAACGCCUAAAUGCCGUGCGUGCCAUUUUUAUACAAGCCUAUGGCAAGACGAUUGGACUGAAAUUCAAGGAGGGCUCCUCCAUGAACCUAGCCACCUUCAUUGGCAACUUGGCGGACCAACUGUUUUGAGGAAGCAGCAGCUAUAACCGAUUGUUAGUUUUUUCACCCGCAUUGUUUGUUUCUUGUUAACUGCUGCGCUUUCUAGCAACGACUGUAUUUCGUAUAGACCUGUUGAAUUGCGUUCUUUAGUAACUGUUGACGAUUGUGUAAUGUAAAGCAUAACUGAUUACUGAUAAGCAUCGAACGAACCCGGCGGCUCCUAGACAACGUGCAUAGUACAAGUCCUGACCUCCUCCUGACCCGGCUAACCCGCUCUCCAGUUAUCUAGACUCUCCCGCUCCCAGCUCCUUGUUUGUUUAGUUGUUAGUUUUUUGAGAAUGCAAAGCAAGCGAAUUAUAAAAUGCGAUUCGGAUUAUACAAUAGCCUUAAGUUGUAAUUUAUAGUAAUGUAUUUUUUAAUAAACUUAUGUGCAUUUGA